AUGGGUAAUAACGUGAAUGUUGCGGGCCUAGCAAACGAAUUCCAAGUUUCUGAAUCAGAAAUUUUAGAACUGAAGAGGAUUUACAAAGAGAAUUGUGGGAAAAGCCGGUUUCUGUCUCGAGAGAAAUUCCGAAAAGUGUACAAUAAAGUGUUUCCAGGAGACGCCUCCGCGUUUGCUGACAUCAUGUUUAAUAAGUUUGAUACAGACAAUAACGGCAGAGUCGAUAUGAGGGAGUUCAUUGUCGGACUUUUAAUGAGUGACGCAAAAAACCUAGACCAAAAAAUAAAAUUUGCCUUCGAAAUGUAUGAUAUCGAUAAAUCUGGGACAAUCUCUCGGGAUGAAGUUAUACAGAUUUCAGAGGCCUACUCGCGGAUGUAUAACACAGAGGAAGGUACUACCGUCGCUGACAGAUUGUUUAGAUAUAUGGACAAGAACAAUGACGAUGAGAUAUCUUUCGAGGAAUUCGACGAAGCAGCGCGGUCCAAUACAGAAAUCCUCAACCUUCUCUUCCCCAAACCCCCUGAACAAGUGUAA